AUGUCUGCGCCCAUGAUAGACACUGACAGUGAAGACGAGCUACCACCAGGUUGGGAAGAACGUGUAUCUGCACAGGGACAAGUGUAUUAUGCAAAUCAUGAAACUAAGGCUACACAGUGGGAUCAUCCUCGCAGUGGGAAGAGAAAACAGAUAAAAGGAGAUUUGCCUUAUGGAUGGGAGAAACAGGUUACAGAUGAUGGUGUUAUAGUAUUUGUGGACCAUAUUAACAAAAAGACAACAUACACAGAUCCAAGGUUAGCAUUUGCAGAGGAUGAAAAGAAAACACUGUUAGAUUUUAAGCAGAAGUUUGAUGGAAACAGUGCUGCAAUGCAAGUGGUUCAGGGAAAAGAUCUUUCUGAAAAAUAUGCUAUUGUGACAGGGGCAAACAGUGGUAUUGGUUAUGAAACUGCAAGAACUUUAGCUUACUUUGGAGCAACAGUUAUUCUGGCCUGCCGAAAUCUGGAAGCAGCAAACAAACGUAAAAAGACUAUUAUGGAAGAGAGGCCGUCAGCCAAAUUAGAAGUCAUGCAUCUGGACCUAGCUUCUUUGAAAAGUGUGCGGAUGUUUGCUGAGGAAUUCAGAUCAAAGAAAUGGCCACUGCAUCUUCUGAUUCUAAAUGCUGCAGUAUUUGGUUUGCCUUUUACAAAAACUGAAGAUGACAUUGAAACGACCUUCCAAGUAAAUCAUCUGGCCCAGUUUUACCUGACCAAGCUUCUGUGGGAGGUCCUAGCAUCCUCUUCUCCAUCAAGGAUCGUAAUUGUUUCCUCUGAAUCACACAGAUCUAGUGACCUUUCUCUUGACAACAUCAGUGAGGGCAAGUUAUCUCCCAUGCCCAACCAGUAUCAGGACUUACAGGCCUACAAUAACUCCAAACUGUGUAAUAUCCUAUUUUCUCUGCACCUGAACAAGCUUCUGUCAGAUAAAGGAGUUACUAGUAACUCAGUACACCCUGGAAAUGUGAUGUACACACGCAUCUCUAGGAACUGGUGGUUCUAUAAAUUGAUAUUUUUCGUGGCCAGACCCUUUACAAAAUCUUUGCAACAAGGUGCAGCCACUACAGUCUUCUGUGCAACCUCAGCCCAGUUAGAGGGAGUGGGGGGACUGUACUUUAACAACUGUUGUCGUUGUGAGCCCUCUAAGUCUGGCUGUGAUGAGGAGCUGGCCCUCAGACUCUGGAACCUCAGUGAGAGGAUGUUACAGAAGGCACUGAAUAGGGAGAAGUAGAGGUUUAUCACAUCACUCUAGAGAAUUCAGUCAUAUUGUGAAUAGGAAGAACUAGAUUUAUCACAUCUCAGAUAAGGGAGAACUGGAGAUUUAUCACAUCACUUCAAAGAAAUCCAGUUAUAAUGCGAAAAGGGAGAACUAGAAGUUGUUCAUGUCACAGUAGAGAAUCCAGUCAUAGUGUGAGAUCUAUCACAUUACUUUAGAGAGGUUCUAUUAUGAUAUGAGACAGCUAGGGUCUGCAAGUUGAGGAACAUGGACCUACUAGUCAGAGAGAAGCAGCAGAGUCUUGUAUCAGAAUGUGUGGAAGUGUCAGAAAGUUAGAGAGGCUGGAGCGUUGAUGUAGUGCUGGCGGGAAGAGAUAACUGAUUGCUGAAGGAAAUUAACUGAUCAAUAUCUCUCACACACCAGUUAUCCACUCUUAUCCUCUCUCUAAUCUCUAAGUGGAUAGACAGAGUCUUCAUGGAAUUGGAAUGCAGCUAACAUAGAAAUUAAUAUUACCAUUAUUUACCUGUAUAUAGCUUACACUUUAAAUUUAUCAAAAAAAUUUGGUUUCUCAUUAGACUGAAUGAAU